UAAUAUACUAAUACACACGAACAGUUAAACUAGAAUCAAGUUAGAUUAGAAAAGUAAACAUCUGACUUUAUUACUUUUAUGCGUGGUACAAAAAAUAUUUACCGCCAAAAUGUCUGAAUGACGACGUCAGCGCCCCUUUACAUAGCAGAUUAUAAGAUUUGUGACCGUAAAAGGCUUGUUUACCUGCAAUGCUCUGUUUAUUUCUCUUUAAUGAAGGAAUAAUUAAUCGAUUUAAAUGCGACAGUCGUAAAUAAUGGGAACAAAAAUCUUGAAGGAUAUACAAAGUGAUAUAAAACUUUUGAUCACGGUGAUAACUGAUUUCGAGGAAGAUGAAGAAGGAUUUCAAAUUUGCGAACGUUUUGCUGUAUCCAAUAUCAAACAUCAUCAAUAUCUUUCGGUCAACAGUCAUGCAACGAAACAAUCUAUCAACAAUAUUAUUACCAAAUUAUCUAUAUAUGGGAAAUUUAAAGAGGCCAAAAAGUUUCAAGAACUCGUUGAUUUCUUUUUAACUAGUUUUGAUUUCGACCAUCAUCCGCAGUAUGAUUUACAAUGGUCUUUGUUGGCUUUAUUGUUAGAUUUGUCGUCUGAUAUCGAUAAAACAGAUUUGAACAAUUUAAAAUCCUUUCAAGGAGAAUUUAAUUCUAAUGUCACUAUUGCAAACGAAAAAGAUGCUAUUCAAGAGAUUGAUUGGGCAAAUUAUUUGAAAGAAGGAGAAGAAGAUUUCUUUUGUGAUUUCAAGAAUGACGAAAGUAGUGAUGAGUGGUCAGAUGAUGCAGAAGAAGUACCAAACCUUUCUUGUGUUCCUGUUGAAACAACUUUGACAACUGUAGAUGGUAUAUUGUCUGCAGAAUCAAUAGGCGAUGUUAAAUAUAGCUCUGAUAUAGUAAUGCAGUCAUUAAUAGAAGAGGUUGAAUCAAGAAAAUGGUUGAUGUCAAACGUUCAAAAUACAUGGUGGAACGAAUCGGUGAUUUAUAAAUAUCCUGUUUGCAGCAAAUAUCCCGAUGCACAUUUCUGUCAAAUUUGGCAUGAAACAGUUCAUAAGGAUUUAUCUGAUAUUAUUCUGCUUAAUGAGUACCAAGUAUGUAAGGAAAUAUUAUGGAUGUUCCAUGUUCAGACACAGAUGACAGUAUUUAAGCAAGAAAGUGAAUUUUUAUUUCACAUUCGUCCUAAUGUAUCUAUACCAAGUUUAACUACUAUUGCUUUUCAAAAUAUGCUAUCUCCAUUUUGUGAAUAUUUGUCUAUGAUACACGAUAUAGAACAAUUUGACAAAGAGUUAUUGAGCACAGAUACAAGUUACCUAGGGUAUAAAAAACCACCAUUUAUAUACGAAGCAUAUAAUGCUGCGAUUAAAGAAAAACUCUUAAGUUUUAGAAUGGAGAUUAUAAACAUAGAGAAAGAUAUUACAGCGCAAGCUAGUAGCCAGACACUUUUGUCUUUAUUAGCCCGUCUAAGAAAGCCUUUAAAAAGAAUAAAAAUAUUGCACCAAGUUCAUAAAGUGUCUGUAUCCAACUGGAAAUUAUCAUCUAAUUGGAACUGUGCGUCCAAAUUACUUUCAAACUUGCUUUUGGAAAUAACAAAUUCUCACUGUCAAGAAAAGACAAAUAUAUGCGUUAAUUUAUAUUUGUCUAUUAUUCCUGUAUAUUUGAAUAUUAUUGAUACAUUGUUAGGUGAAGGACGUUUAGAAGAUUGGAGAAACGAAUUUAUAAUAGAAAGAAUUUCAGACGAAGAAGUUGCAAAAAAUAAAGAUCAAUGUGUAAAAUUUCUGAUAAGACCUUUGGAUGAUAUUUGUUUAAAGGAUAAUGUUAUGCAUUUAUUAAUUACCAAGGUGCAACAUAUUGGACACAGUAUUGACUUGCUUGUAUCGUUAAAUCGUAUCACGGAAAUGUGGAAUGAAAAAAUGAAAUCUGAUGAAGAGAGAAUUUCUCUAAAAGAUGAAUUUUAUACCUCGUUAUUGUCUGAAAUAUGCAAAUACACAACUCAAUCAGAAGAAUUAAUUGAUGUGUCGCCAUCAGAAGUAGAUGGGAUUUCGUUUAUUUCAGAGUAUGAUGAAGACUUGGAAAAAAAUAUAAUACAACAAUUAUCAGCAGUGAACAAUCCGUUUUUAAUGAAAGCCUUUAAGGAUUAUAUACCACCAGCUUUAUAUGGGCAAGAUAUGGUAGAUGGUAACAAGUGUAUAUCUGCUAACUCCUGUAACAAUCGUCGAAACAAAUUGUUUAAUAGAUUACAGGAAGUUGCAGAACACGCGUUACCAUUAAAGAAAAUUUUAGAAAAGAUAUUGUCUGAAAUUUUAGAUUUACGCUACAGUAGUGCAAGCAAGUUAGUAAAAAAUAUAAUGAUGCAGGAAUAUAAAUUGGAAGCACAUUUGAGAUUAAUGAGAUCCGUUUAUAUGAUGGAGGCUGGCCAUAUUAUGAAUAAAUUUUAUCAAAUAUUAUUUCACGAGAUAGAAACUAAUCAAAUGUGGAAUAAUUCAUAUUUUUUAUCGUGUAUAUUAGAAGAAAUACUUUCUCAACAAUGGCCAGAUUCUAGUUCACACUGGUCUAUUAUAGUGCAAGAUGUUAGUACGCAUCAAGUGGUACAUGCUGUAGAUAGUAUAACAUUGUAUUAUGCAACAGGAUGGCCUAUAAAUAUCGUCUUAAAUGAAGACAUUCUAACUAAGUAUAACGAAAUAUUUCGAUUUCAAUUGAAAUUAAAGUGGGCCUUAUGGACGUUAAAUAAUUUGAAAUUCGUGGAUCUAGAAGGUUUAAAGUCCCUACAUGUGAAAAACAAUAUUGAACACUUUCAAAUAAGACGCCUUGAGAGUUUACGUUUCUGGUUAUUGCAUGCUAUAGGAUCGAUUCAUGCUUAUCUAUCAGGACAAGUAUUACAAAGUUUAGGAUUCAUGUUCGAUCAAUCUUUAACUCAAGCCGAUAGUCUCGAUGGAGUUAUAUCUGUCCACAGAGAAUAUUUGGAUAAAGUUUACAAACAUUGUUUAUUAACGGAAGAAUUUGAAGAUCUAAUGACGACUGUUAACAAUUUAAUAGAAAUGUGUGUUCAUAUCCGAGACCGUUGGGACUAUAAGAAACUAUUACAUACUGUAACGGAGUUAAGUUUAAUGGAAAGCAGUUAUAUAAAAUACCACACAUAUCUUGCAUUGACUUUACAUAACACAAUCCAACAUAAAGAUGCGGAUUAUCUGGUGGGAUUAAGUUCAGCCUUUAACUGCAGUAUGCCAAGCAUAUAAAAUAUUAACGUAUCAUAAGAUUUGUUUAUAGAUGUUAUUCUCUCAUCGUCGCAAACUGUCGUAUAAGUUUUAAAAUUACAUUAUUAAUGUAAUUAUGAUAUCAUCUUUCUUCCAUUACAUAUACUUUCGUUCUAUGUCAGUCGUCAAAUGUAAAUUAUUAUUUUGGAUAGGAAAAAGAAAAGAAAAAAAAAAAGACAAAAACAAAGUGUUACACUAUAGUGUACAGUGUACAGUGUAGAAAAAUUCUUUGGAAAAUUUCAUUUCAAUCUUCUUUCAUUCCCGACAUCCUCUUCUUUUUUCCCGCUUAUCUAUUACAGAUAAACUGACGCCGCGACAACAAAUGAAGUCCAAGGACGUUUUCGAUGAGAAUAAUGUUGGCAUGAAUUUCAUAAGCGAUUUGAGUCGUAAUUUAUUGACGGAGAUAGCGUUCCAAACUUUACCACCUUCGGGUAUUCCAAUUCCGAUACCAAAAAUGAUUCGUAAAAAAGAUUGGCAAGUCAAUCGGUGAGAAUAAAUGUGUUUAAACAAUUGAAUAUAAAAAGAAAAAGAAAUUACUUCGUUAAAUUCCAGUCUCAAGUCAAUAUUGUCCGAACAUUUAAUCGAAUACGAACAAACGUUCUCGUACUUACGUUGGUAUCUGCAUGAAGAACAUUACGUUACGCUUUCCCCCUUCUCUAACGUCUUAUCGAAUGAAACGAAACGUAUUAUCAACGACACGUUCGAAAUUAGUAAGCUAUGAAACGUCGAAAAAAAGUAUAUAUUUAUAUUUUGUAACAAGUGCCAUUGAAAGAUAUUGAAUUCUAUCUGAAGAUUGACUUUGUUUCUUCGUCGAAAAAACGAGAAUUUAAAUUGAAUCAUUGACAUCUUUUUUUUACUUUGCAUUGAGUCGUAUGAUCGUAGAUACGUUUACGUUGAGCGAACAGUCGACUAGACUCGAUAUAGAUGGCAGAUCGAUUGAUAAAAAAAAAAAUGUUAUUACAACGAUCGAGAUUAUUAAUCAAGUUAAAUGAAAAAUAAUGACUGGUGUUGUUUCGAUCGACGAUGUACUGAAUUAUGUAAACGUAGAAUCUUUCAGACGAGUAAGACAAUUCUUGUGUGUAUUCUUUGCAUAAGAGGAGAAUUGAUAAAAAGACGAAAGAGAGUUAUUUACGAUUAGUGUGUGCGUGAGAUACGCGAGGCGGUAGGAAAGGCGGCACGUUAAGACGCGCUUCGGGCAAGUAUGGUCGGUCUCAUAUGGGCGGAGCAUAUGGUCUGACGAAUGACGGUCAAUGGUCCGUGCGUAGAAAUGGCGCACGCCUUAGGAACGCAACUACGUUUCCUCGAUUUCCUUUCUUUGUAAUUUUUCCCUCCAAACUAUCACGUUUUUAUCGAUUACGUCGGUUCGUCGUUAUUAUACAUCGCGACUUGACAAAAAUUAUACAAUUUGAAAAUGUUCGUAUCAAUCGGCAUAAAAAAUUAUUAAUUUAUUAUACAUUUUUAUAUAUAAAAAAUUUAGUAUACGAGAAUUUAGCAUAGUAUAUUUAUAUACGCAUAAAAUUGCUAACAAUGAUUUACUUUUACGCGAACAUUUGUAAACAAUUUUUGUUGGAUUAGAUCUGAUCAAAAUAUUAUUUUUGUUAUAUUAUUAAUGAUUAAUUUCAUACUAUUAAAAUUUUCUGGUUUUUCAAGUACAUACUUUAUUCGAAAAAUUAACAAUACUUUUAGCAAUAAUUUCGAAUAUCUUGAAGCGAAGAAACGACAUGAUUUUUUGUAUCGCGUAUUGGUAACGUCGGUAAUAAUCAUGGGUAAAGUAGAAUGGAAAAUUGUUUUCGAAUAUUCUCACGUAAUAUCGUUUACGAAUAAACGUAUCUCGAUUAUCGUAAAUGUAUUUCGUUUGGUAUCACGCCAAACAUUGUAAUCUUUGAAUGAAAUAUUUUUUUUUUCAAUGUAACAUAAGAAAAGCAUUAGUAAGCGGUCGUAUCGUCAGCAAUGAGCAGAGUUGGUAAAACAGUACAACGUGUCGAUAAUGUUACGUUUACGAACCGUCUCUUUCUAAUGCAAUGAGUAUGGUACAAUUAUUGUUCACUAAAUACGUCUGUUAUCUAAAACAAGUAGAAUCGUAUUAGCAUUUCUAUUUAGCGUAUAAUUAUAUCAAUAACAAAAUGAAAUUAUAUAAGUAAAAAAAUCUAUACAUACGCAAUACGAUCCAAGUUUUGUCACUGUACACUACAGUAACAACUGUAUCAUAACGAUCUGAAGUGGGAUUUGAUAAUAAUUAGAUAUUAUUGAGUACGAUUACGAAGAAAUAAAAUCAAAGCGGGCUCUUUUGUUAAAGACUGAGUUAUGUAUUGAAUUGUUUAAAACGAAUGUAAUUUACAAAUUAAGCGGUAUAAUUUAUGGAAUACCUAAUUGUAAUCCAUCUAUAAGAAUAAUGGAGAGAGAAAUCUGGAAUUAUAAAUGGAACGUUAAUACAAUGGAUCCGUUUCAGAAGGUCGGACGACUAUCGAGCUUAUAUCUUCGAGUAAAGAUUUUAUUGAAAUAUAAGGAAUCUGUACCAGACAGAACUAAAAUUACUGCUGAAUUUGGUACUACUACUGGGGUUCACAUAUUGUACAUACCUGCGUAACCACUGCGUUAUUUAUUUUUUCUCAUGCUUACUUUAUAAGUAGUUUGAAUGUUUAUAAGUACACAAACAAUAUCGAAGGUACGCGCACAGUCUAUUUGAAAAUUCUAAACCUAGACAGGAGUUUUUCGCUAGACCUGCAGUUGCACUUUUUAUGCAUAAAGAUUCAAUGGGGUUUUCUGCUUGCUGUUUUCUUUUUCCUUUUCGCUAUUUACAAUUUUUAUCGACUAAAAGAUUUAUAAUCCAGAGCGCGAAUUAUUAUUUUUUUUUUCUUUUUUUUUCCAUUUGAUAUUUACAAUUUUUACAUGAUAUCUCUUCAAUAUACAGCGUUUUAAGAUUACACAACAAUUCUUCCGAUUUUUUUUUCAUUUUCUUUUCUUACCUUGUAAUCAUUCCACCAUCGCAAUUUAAAUUGCUGGGAAAUUGAACUUAUCUAUACACAACUAUCCCCGAAUACGAAAGACGUACGAACCUUAACGUAGCUAUAUGUAUACGCGAUUACGUUCGGGAACGCGAGAGCACUUACUCUGUCAAUAGUUUUGGGCGCGCUUUGCCUUACGCUGCGAGUAACGAUAAUUUUUAAUUUUACAUCUGUACGUGUCAAGUUUUAUGCGAAGAAAAAGGCAAGCAAAGAAUAGAAAAGGCAAGAAAAGAAAAGAAAAAAAAGGACAAA